AUGGGGAACUCGUAUGCGGGCCAGCUGAGGACCACGCGUUUCCAGGAGGUGCUUCAUAACUCCAUCGAGGCUUCGCUCCGCUCCAUCACUGUGGUCUUCUCACAGCUCUACCUGGAGGCAAAGCACCCACCCCCAUACAACGGUGUGUGCCAGGUGGAGAAUGAGGAUGUGGAGGAGGAAGAUGGCUCGGAGUCCAACAGCCCCCCCGUCCCGUACCAGACGAAGCCCCCGCCAGAGGGAUGCUGCACCACGGACGGGUUCUGCCAGGCGGGUUGAGACCUGCGUCUGUCCUCCCUGGUGUCAGAGCCUCGAGACGUGCCCCCAGGGUUCCUGCUGGUAGGGGCCAAGUCUGCAGGCGCACCAGACACCCUGCUGGUGUGUGCAGUCGACCGUAGGUUCCUGCCCGAUGAAUGGGGGCGCAACGCACUGCUAGGGUUCUCGGGGAACUGUAUGGGUUGUGGAGAGAAGGGUUUCCGCUACUUCACAGAAUUCUCCAACCACAUCAACCUGAAGCUGAGCACCCAGCCAAAGAAACAGAAGACCUUAAAGUACCACCUGUACAGGAACAACCAGCGACAGCUGGUCAGAGGGGCUGCUAUCUACAAUGCCCCCCCAGUGAGUGUGUUCCAGGGGUCCUCCAACCCCCCCUCUACCCUCGGGCCGUCAGUCACAGUGCCUGAUCAGCUGCUGCACACCUGCAGACUUCAGCCAGUCAUCUUCAGAGGUCAAACUGAUCAUGGUAGCCUACCCCAGCUGAGUGGUAAGGUGUCUGAUGUGCAGGUCAGUUCCCUGCUCCAGAGCUGCUAUCAGAACAACCGGGCCCUGCCCAGGGUCUACCAACACUACGGACCCUCUCCUAUACAGCCCCUGUCUGUAGAGAUGCAGAUACUACUCACUGUAUACUACCUGGUGCAACUAGGCCCAGACCAGGUCCCGCUUAUUGAGGACCUGGAGCAGAUCUUCAUGCGUUCCUGGAGAGAGUCCCACCUCAGUAGGAUCCGCCAGUACCAGCAGCCCCAGCCCCAGCCUGGCCUCUCCCUCCCCCAGGCUUCCUCCACCCUGCCUGGGCUUCCAAUGCCCCAUGCCCAGCCCCUCACCCCCUCCCAGCUGCCCUGGCUGGCCCAGCUGGCAGCCUUGUCAUGUGGGGAGGGAGUGGUGGUUCUGGGAGAGAAGGCCUCAAUGGCUCUGGGGCUGGCUGACACCUUCACUAAGCUGAUGGAGGGACAGCUGGCCAACUAUGUGGUCAUCAUCUGUACAGCCAAGGGACAGGAGACAGAGUCCUGCAUGGUGGUGACAGGUCAACACCAGUGUCGUGCCCUGACCGAGGGGAUGUUCAGUCCCAGUGAAGGUCUGAGAGAGAUCAGUCAACAGCUGUCCUCUGGAAUGACCCACGAGCUCACUACCUUCUGCAACUCUCUGAGACCUGAAUACCGUGUGGAGUGGUGGGAGGUACGGCCCAUCCAGUUGGUGGUUGCCAGGAAGCUGCUGUCCCAUGUGUGUGCCAUCGCUGACUCCAGCACUCAGAACCUGGACCUGGGCUCCUUUGACAGGGUCAACUUCCUCAUCUGUGUCCCUCCUUCUGAGGUCACCUUCCAACAGACUGUACUGCAUCUCUGGAACUCAGGUGUCCUCCAGGACCUGGGGUUGGAGCAAGAGUGUCUGUCUCAGAGAGAGGCAGAGCGCUACGUGGUGAAGAUGGAUCAGGAGGCUAGGUGCACAAACUGGAACCCCAAGACACUCUACAUCCUGGUUCAUGACCACGCUCACUGGGACAUCAGCAGGUGUGUGAAUUUGAUUGUCGGUGGUGACUCCGGCGGUGGAUUGGUGGACAGCCCGCUCAACUCCCGUCAGAUCAGAGACGCCACCAACAUCUUGACUCUCCACGUCACCUCAUUCCCCUUCGCCCUGCAGACACAACACACACGCAUCAGCCCUUACAACGAGAUUCACUGGCCCUCUGCUUUCACUAAAGACAUGGAUCUGUACCAUGAGAAGACACGUUACUUUGGUGUGUCUGAGCUGCUGGACUCGACUCGUUCAGGCAGCGGCUUGCCUCUCCUCCGCUAUGACAGCUCCUUCCAAAGCAUGGCCUCUGCCCUGGAGGAGAGGUUCCCCAGGCUACACAGUGCAGUGAUCAGGACCCAGGUUUUAAAACAACACUACUGUGUCGCCCUGAUGGCUGUGUCGGGCCGGCCUGGCUCAGGGGGGCGAAACCUACAUAAACACACCUCUGUCGAGAUGCUGGAGAUCGUCCAGAGCCUGCUCAGCUCCGCCCAGCGAUGCCCCUCCCACCACAGUCACAUGGUGCUGCUACGGCUCCCCUCAUUGGCUCUGGCAGGGUGGGCCCACCAACGGCUGGUGCGGAUCAGACAGAGACUGGGGCUGGGGGAGCGCUUUGAGAUCAUCCUGGGAAACCCCAGCCAAGCCCUUAGCAUAGGACAGAGCUUCACUGAGCGCAUCAAGCGCACAGCGUUGGAGCAAGAGCUUGGAUUGGCUGCCUACCUGGUGAGGGUGGAGUCCCAGGGGUCACAACCCCACGGCCACGCCUCCGGCCUGGGCAGUGACCUAUCACACAAACUCAUCAGAACCGACAACGAGGAGGAGGAGGGGGGAGAGAACGGUGAGCAAUGUAUAACUCACCUCUUCCUCUUCUCUUCCCUCUGCUCCUGGGGGGUGAGCCGCCCCCCUUCCCUGCUGCUGCCCCGGGGACUCUAUGACAUCAUCAAUGCGUGCGACGGGAGUGGGCUCCCUCGCUGCACCUCUUUCUUGCCACACCUGUCUGUGGCCUGGGCCAGCUCCUUCAGACCUCUGCUGAGUAAGAUGAUGACCUGUACAGAACAGUCUCUGUACUACCGCCAGUGGACCAUCCCACGGCCUCACCACAUGGACAGCAGCAACCGCCCUGCAGAGGGGCGCACUGACAACUUCCAUCCCCGCAGACUGCUGCUCAGUGGACCCCCACAGGUGGGGAAGACAGGGGCGUACCUCCAGUUUCUGGGCAUCCUGUCUCGUAUGCUGAUCAGACUGAUGGAGGUGGACAUCUAUGAUGAGGACGAUAUCAACUACAGUGGUCAGCUGGAGUGUGUCCAGUACCAGCCAGCCUGUGCCUCCUGGCCAGUCACAGACACACUGAGGGGCAUGCCGUUCGACUACACCAUCCACGACCCCAAAUAUGACGACAUCAGCACUGUCUACUGCCCUGACUACUGCCCCAACACUGAUGGAAACCCCAGACAUCAGGAGGACGUGUAUCUGCAGAGGCGUACGGCCAGAAAUCUGCUAGGGGGAAACCCUGACUGUAUCAAGAGUCCCAUCUUCACCCCGACAACAGGUCGUCAUGAGCAUUUACUGUUCAACCUGUACCACGCCAUGGAUGGGGCGGCCCACCUCCACGUCUUGGUCAUCAAGGAGUACGAGAUGGCUGUCUAUAAGAAGUACUGGCCCAACCACAUUAUGCUGGUGCUGCCCACCGUCUUCAAUGGAGCUGGGAUCGGUGCAGCCCACUUCCUGAUCAAGGAGCUGUCCUACAACAACCUAGAGUUGGAACGCAGCCGCAUGGUGGAGGGAGGGGGGCCGCCAGCAGACGUCUGGCCCGUCAUCAUCCUCUCUGACGACUCCUGCGUCAUGUGGAACGAUGUGGACCUGGACUCACACAGGUUCACACUCACACACACACACACUCACACACAAGGAAUGAUUCUCAGAUACACACACAUCAACACAAUGGGUUGGUCAGUGUCAGGGGAAGGAGCUCAUCACAGGGAGCCUUUCUCCAGAGGACACCUCCACGACUUCCUGCUUCUUAACGUGGACCUGACCCAGGACAUCCAGUACAACAAGAACAGGUUUAUGUGUGAUGAUGUGAACUUCACCCUGCGAGUCCACAGUGCUGGUCUGCUCAUCUGUCGUUUCAACAACUUCAGUGUGAUGAAAAAACAGAUCUCUAUCGGAGGAUACCGCACCUACAUCAUCAAGAACAAGAUGACUGACGUCCCCACCUCGGUCCAGCCGUCUCAGUAUAUCGGUGCCCCGGACAGCAAGCAUCCAUUCCUGGCCACGCCUGCACACCUACUGCUGGAGAAAUACCUGCAACACACCAGCCAACGCCUGUUCCCCCUCAGCACACGCAACUACACACACCCCAUACUGUCUGUGGACUGCUACCUCAACCUGGGGCCUGAGGUGACGGUGUGUUUUGUGAGUUCCAGACCUCACUCCAUCAACAUCUGUACUACAGGGCUGCUGUUCAGUGGCCUGCUGCUCUGCUUUUGGGAUUCCUUUGUCACGCCACGAUUCCUCAAGAGCUUUCACUUCCUCAAAGGGGCGAAUCUGUGUGUGAUAUGUGCUGACCGCAGCUCUCCGAGACAGACGGUGGUGAGGCUGGAGCUCGAGGACGAGUGGAGGUUCCGGCUGAGUGACGAGUUCCAGACAGCCAACGCUAAAGAGGACCGCCCCCUCUUCUUCCUCACAGGGAAACACAUAUGAACCCCUCUAACUCCUAAACCCAUGAAUCUCAACCCGUACCCCUCAUCUUGAACCCUGCUGUAGGUUCAAAACAGAAAGCCAAAAACGGUCUGUACUCUUCUGAUCAGGCCAAUAACCCAUAGAGACAGUAGCUGCUAGUGAAUACAGCUAUGAGUCUGUGACUGGUAUGCCUCUGUUUACUGUAGUAUUGCUGUAGUAUUUACUACAAUACUCCAAUACUCCAAUCAACCCUCCACCUCUCUGUUGUGAUGUGUUAAAAGUCAUCAUUCCACAGUGUAUGCCACCGUUCUUAUUGUAGUUAAUGAGGUAUAGUUUCUUUGUAAACGUUUUUUGUGAUAUACAGUGAUUAAAUAUUUUGCAUGUAUGUUGACAGUUUUGUGUCAUGUAAAAAGUACUUAUAUAUGCAAAAGAGGACGUUUUCUUUAGUGAUUUCACGCCAAUGUUUUUUAAGAGGUGUUACAUGUGUAUGUGGUUUUAA